UCCUAAUUUUUCCCCCCAACUCAUUUCCCCCCCCUUUCAUACUCUCUCUCUUUCUCUCUCCCUCAAACCCCCAAAUUCAAGUUUUAUGAAACCCUAAUUUCCCCUAAUCAAUCAAAUCAAAAUUACAAAUAUGGGCAAAUACAUGCGCAAAUCAAAGCUAUCAAACGACGUCGUAGCAGUCAUGGACGUCUCUCAGUCAACUCUAGGUGUCCGUACACGCGCCAAAACCCUAGCCUUACAAAAACUUCAAAAUUCAGUCAAUGGCGCCGGAGAUUCGUCGGUGCCGGAUCAUAAGCACGAGAUGGCUUAUAUGCAGCUGCGCAGCCGGAAGCUAGAGAAGCCGCCGGUGGCAAGUUUCCGUCAGCAAAACGGUAACUCUCGGUUGGUUGUUUGCUCGGGUGGGUCUUGCUCUGUUAAUUCCGGGUCGGGUCAUGAAAAAGAUCGAAUUUUGAAUGAUACCCAGAUCAAAGUUGAAGAAUUUGGUACUCUAGAAGCUUCUUGUGGUGAAAAUAAUGCUGAUUUUGAAAGCAGAGAGAGGAGUACCAGGGAAAGCACACCUUGUAGCUUUAUAAGGGACUCAAAUGCCAUUAGUACUCCCGGAUCUAGUACAAGGCCGGCAAUUCAAAAUGAUUCUAAUCAAAUUAUACAGAAUUCCAUUCAGAGGAUCAUGCCUUCAGCACAGGAGAUCGAAGAGUUCUUCGUCCAUCAUGCAUUGGAGCAGCAACGGCGCUUUUCUGAAAAGUACAACUUCGAUAUUGUGAAUGAAAACCCGCUUCAAGGUCGCUAUGAAUGGGUGAGAGUGCAACCCUAGAUGGGGAUGGAUAUAUAUAAUCAUGCAGGAUAGGGCGAACAUCAUAAUGCGAAGAUAAGAAACUAGAAUUAGUGAUCUCUAGUGGUAUGUAAAGAGCAAACAAAAAUAGUUGUGUAAUCUAAUGAUCUAAGAUAACAGAGCCUGAUGAAUUACACACUAACAUAGUUAGGUUAGAAGGGAAGCAUAAAUGUUUUUACCUUUCGCAAGUCAUAAAUAAUUGCUAAGUUUCUUGUUUAUUUAGGUUUCAGUUGGACAAUUUUCAUGUUUAAUGAUUUAGUGGUUGUCACUCACUCAAAAGCUCUUUGUCAA